AUGGAGCGUCCGGCCGGUCCACCACUGGCCGCCGCGUCACAGACCACCGGCAGACCGAUGGACAAUGGAAACCCGAGACCAGCCCCCCUAAACACCGUCCGAAGAAUACCACCCAAUCCGACUGUUCAGCAUGAAGCGUCCAACUCCUCCCUAGAAUCAGAGAUACCCAUAUCCACGAGUCAGGUCGUUGCCCUUGUUCAGGAGGCAAUGAAGCAUGCCCUCGAUGAGAAUCGGACAAAAGCAGCAGAGGCUAGCGGUGUCAGCAGUGAGCUGAAGCCCGGAGUCACAAUCGACCUGAGCCACAAGCAGAUCCAGAAAUUCCCGGAGGAGGUAAUUGAUAUAAUCAAAAAUGACCUCGAACGAUUGGCACUGUCCCAUAACCAAAUAUACGCAUUUCCUUCCCGACUCUCAGAAUGUACUUCACUACGAUAUUUGAACGUUCGCAGCAACGUAAUCCGCGAUUUUCCUAUGGCGAUUUGCGACUUGACAUCCCUCGAAAUCUUGGAUCUUGGGCGCAAUAAACUCAGGGUCCUACCUCCCGAAUUGGUCAAGUUAACCUCACUUAAGGUCUUGUCCGUGCAGAAAAAUCGUAUCGAGGACCUGCCCCUCUGCCUUGCAGAUAUGGCCUCUCUCCAGGUACUCAAGUUCGAGGGUAAUCCAAUACGCUUCCCACCUAAGGAGGUAUUGCAACCUCAAGCAACAACUCCUCCAAAUAGCGGAUUUCAGGAGAGCGAGAUGGCCGAUAUUGCGGUCACUUCGCAGAUAAAGAAGUUUUUGAAACAAAAGGCUAUAGCUGAUCGCUCAGAGAUAGAAUCUGGUGGAGAGGAGUCUAGCGAAGGAACUGAGACCCCUCGUCCUAUAAAGAGAGUUACGAGUGGCCGAUUUCCAAUCAAGGUUAAUGGAACUGACAUACCUGACCUACGAUCUCCGGGAAUGUCACGACCGCCUCCAAUCCCCUCUCGUUCACAUUAUCGAGGCCUUUCCCAGCAGAACGCUAAUCUUCGACGUCCUGGUGUGAUGCCUUUGACGAUCGGCAGCACAAAUGAACGUCUGCGUAGCAACAGUGAGAACCUAGUCUCAGCACGUUCUACCCAAGACCGGUCAAGACGGAUGGGGAUCGUCUCAAAGAGGCCAUCAGAAUUAGGAACUGUUGACGAGACGAAAUUGAACCGCUACAGCCAUUAUCGAGGUCUCAGUCAUGGAUCUGCAAUGAAUGGAAAUGACAGGACCAAUGCAUCUAUCAGUUCUAGAAGUCCGGCAAGCCCUGCAGACUCCACAACACUUAGGGCAACGUACGUGCGGCGCCUUUCAAGCCUCCCAGAACGUAAACGAGAGUCUGCUUCACCUGAUCCAGUUAUUGAGGGUGCGCAGGGCAUCUUAUUUGCGUUGUUUCAAGUCCACCCAUUGAUCCAAAAUCUACUUGGCCUUGCCAGGGAUGGAACCAACAAGCGCACUAGUCUUGAGAGGGUCUUUUACAACGCAACAACCCACGUCGAAGAGCUAGACCGUGAUCUUCAGCACUACAUCUCCUACUCCGAAGAAGAUGAAGAAGUAUCCCCCCGGUCGAACGAGAAUGUACACCGUGCCUGUUCAACUUGUGUCAGCGCUUAUAUUCACAUCUGCUCUCUACUAUUAAGAAACGUCGAUACAUUAAUAAAUAAUAGUGAUCCGCGAUACAUCCGCCAUCUAUUGCUUCUUCUCUAUGGAAGCUUGGUCGAAGUUCGUAAUGCCGGAGCUAGCCUUUUCCUGCAUGGCCAAAUAUCAGGAGCAAUGGAUGACAUGCGUAUAUCACGAAUCUCGGAGGAAAGUCAGGAUACAAUUAGAGCUCCACCAAGAGACAAGUCAGUUACUCCGACACGUGAGAGGCCAGGCACGAGCUCGAGAACCAGAAGUGCAACUGUGGUCCACCAUUCUAGUAACCUUCGCGUUGCGACAGACACAAUGCCUCCACCGCUACUUAAUUCUGCGCCACGAUUUGUGAUGAACAAUGCCACACCACGCUCUGGUGACUCAUUCCCACAAAAUCUGGCCAGUGGUAGGAUCGGAGGAGAUUUCACUGAUGAGGAUCGAUUAUUUGAAAAGAUCUUCUUGCAAUUGCAGAAGUCGACAGAGAUGGCAAUCCGAAACCUCCCACUUGUCCAUAAUCAUUUGUGUGCAGCGAUGAAGGUCAACAGUGAUAUGUCCAAACCCGAGACAACAAUUCAGUUCUGGCAGCUGUUGAUCCAAAAGAACUCGAUAUCUCUACAGAAUGCAGAAGCACUCAGAGGCCGUCUGUCCCUCAUUAUGCUCAAGGAUCCAGCUAUCAGAACACGCAAUUCUUUUUGGGAUCUCUGCAAUCAUUUCAUGCAGGCUUAUGCCACACUUGCUGAGAAGAUUAAAGAUGCCAAGACUGUGACCACCCUACUUCCAUGGGUCGAGGUAAUUGGCCUUCUUCGGCCCCUUCAAAAGGAAGUUAAGGCGUGUACACAAUUAAUUCAACAGUCGCCCUGGGCUGCCUACUUGAAUGGCAUGUCAAAUGGUUCUUCUCCAUACACUGCCCAGUCGCCACAAGUUCCACUGCCUAUGACACCUCAGAGUGCAUCACUUGGCCCAGCUGUACAGGCGACUGUUCCUUCUACCUCACAAAGCGCGUCAUACAAUGCAAUGUUUAGCGGCAACGUUUUCGAACGCGCAGACGCCUUACUUUCAAUGAAUGGUGGUUCUUCACGAACUGCAACGAUGACCUCGGCGAUGGGUUCAAACGAUGGAAUGAUGAUGCACGCGCCGAUCCACAGUCCUAUGAACUCCACGACCUCUCGAUUUAAUAGUAAUGGGAAGAUUUCAUUCUAA